AUGGUAUCAAGACCAAGAUCUGCACUGAAAUGGAAUCAUUCUGACAGCGUUAUAGUGUGGUCGCGGAUGGCAGGUGAGACUGAUUCGAUAAAUGAAGAUGAAAUCAAAUCCAGGCAAAGGAGAGAAUUCGGAGAUGUGACUGUUAUCCUUGAUGGAGACGUGAAGAGGAUCUCUCCACAGUCCCUCGGCAUCCUUACCUCGACAGCUCAGACCUUUGUCCAAAAGGGGACCACCACCGAGUUUGCCACUCAAGUCUUGGGAACAACCCUAGGCUCAAACUAUGCUAAACUUGUGUCUGCAGGGUCGAGAGUUAUCUACGAUAACGAUCUCAAAUCGUCCAUAAAGAGGUUCUCUUCCCUCGAUCCUUUCCUUAUAUUCCCUACCAUCCAUCCCUCCCAAGUUAUUAUUACAGGACACACAUACGAUUCGGUAGAAAGGGUUCCUGAGAUCCCUGAAAUAGUUAACAAUGACGAGCCGAAGGAUGAAAGGCUCGAGGAGGCAACUGUUCAAUCAGUUUCCUCGUCCGAACGUAAAGAGAAGAGUUCCAAAGACAGUCUGGAGAUUAGCGAAAAUGUCGUUGCAUCUGUUCGGAAAGAAACAUCUGUUAAGAGAAAUGAGAGAGCCAACGAUGAUAUUAAACCUGCAAAUGUGGCAAAAAAUAGAUACCUACCAACAUUUACAGUGCGACAUGACUUUACAUCCAGCGGUUUUACAAACGAUUUUACAGAGCCUGCGGAAGAGGAAAGAACAGAGAAGAACGAACCUAAAGUUACAAAAUCUCAAAGAUUAUCAAAAAAUCUUUUCAAACCAGAACGAGAACCCGCCACAACAACGAAUAAACCUCCAAAAUAUGACACAGUAACGUAUUUUGGAUUUGCUGACUUCGUAACAACAGUAGGGAAUACUGUGAUCGUGUUCAUGCCAAAUACGCCAGCCUCUUCUGUGCCUCAAGACGUGACCAAGGUGAGAGGGGAGGCAACAUUACGGCCAGAGGAUGCUAUUCAUGCAACUAAAGCCCAGAGUUCUCUCAUUCAACCCACUAAAACGCAAACUAAAGUUGACGCAACGCAGGUAGUUCCACCGUACAGGCAACGUCAACAACAGAUUGAGCAAGCACGACGUAAGAACAAACCUCAAAACCAACUGAGUAGCUCGAAGUUGCUCGAAUCGUCUAUGUCGGAUAUCAAUGAAGAGGGAAAUCUUCACGCUCCAACUCAGGUAAAAUCAAGUCAGACUGAAACCGAGCCUUUAUCGAAAUACGCAUACACAGCUACCAGAGUCUUCAAUUCGGACGAACAUGCUACUGGUCUCGUCAAGUCUAUUCAUAUUAAACAUGGCUAUGAUGGAACGACGACCGAUUUUACAACAUUUGUCUAUGGCACGCAUAUAGAUGGAAAAUACACCCAACUACUUCAGUCAACAUCGGUAGUUAUAAAGGACAAACUGAAAACUAAUGAAGUUCAUCUGAAACCUCCUACGAAAUUAGAAGGCUCUAUCGACCAUGACUUUAACGAGAUCACGACGGAAAACGCCAAGCCAAAAUUUAAUCUUAAAGAACCUCAUCGAUUCCAACCGCAACGUCACCAUAACACUAGUUCUAAACGUCCCUUUGAGGAAUCUAAUCAAGAUAGGUCGAGAAAAAUUAUUCAUUCCUCCAAGAACAUCCCUCACCCAAGCAGCUCAGCCAGAAAACAAAACGAAAUUCAGACUGGUAAGGUUAGACUUUUACCGUCCACAGUUUUCAUAACGAACACUUAUUUGACCACAUUCUUUUUCCCUGCGAACGAUGUUCCCACAUCUUCCUCAGUUCAGUCACGUGAAGUAGUUUCAACAAAAGUGAAAUAUGUUAGAGUUAAAGGCACUUCAAAGCUCCCGAUCGCUUCUAGCUCUGUCGAGUCAACGCCGAAAGCCUCUGUGACUGAAAAAGCUCCCACCACCGAACCGCCACCCGUUACUUUCCGCUCGACGACGGAAGCAGUAACUGAGGCACUCAGUGACAACGCAACGACCGUUUCAGAGACUCUUUCCACCGAUAAAGAUGAGAUGGAGACCGGGGCUUUCACAACAAGUGACUUCACCGUCACUGCUGAAAGUGAGGAUAAAGUGACAACUAAGAAGGGAUCAACAGUCCCAGUUCAAAGCACUACGGAGGCUGAGGACGAAGCGACCACCGAAACAACUCUCAGUCCAACUACAACCAACAAACCAGAAGAAGAGGAUAGUGAAGAGAAGGUGGAACUCAUUUUUAAAACAUUUUACACAACUUACACGUACUUAACGACUUAUUUCCAAGAGUCGUCAACGUCCGUGCAAAGCAGAGAAGUUGUCCUGACCAAUAUUCUGACCUCAACAGUCAACGCUGACUUUGAGUUGCGUGGAGCUACAGAUCCCGCCGUAGAAGGUCUAUUCGCUCGGACAGAUAGUCUAGUGGUGCCUACGUCCAGUGCCUCCCGAUCUCAAAUCGCACCCAGUGCCACAGCUGACUCGAAUGUCCGCAGUACAUCGAGUGCCAAUACUGGCUCUGACGAGCAAGUUCUAUUUUCCGCAACUCUUGACUCUGUUGAGCUUCCUGCUCCAUUUACACCGACUCCAACCUUGCCAUAUACCCUAGUGAGUUAUGAUGACAUCAAAACUUUUUAUACAACUUACACUUACCUUACAAAAAUUUAUGUUGACGGUGAAACCUCGCUGUCGAGUAGAAUAGAAGUUUUUACAAAAUAUGAAACACCAGCUGCAUCUCAGAGCAUUGAACCCUCUUCCGUACUAAAUCAACCAAAGUCUUCCAGUCUAGAAAAUGAUGUCAAAGAUGAAAAUGAGGAUAGAUACGAUGAUGAAGAAGAAGAUGACGAAGUUCUGCAGUCGACUGAAGUUUUGCAAGCUCGCGAAAAAGCAUCCCGGGCUUUCAAUUAUGACAUGACUAUCACUCGAUCUAAACCAAAUAAAAUUGUGGGGGAUGAAAAACCUGAAAAGAGCAAGGAAAAUAAUAGCAAAGAGGAAGUACAUAAGACCGACUCUGGGAAUACACUGAAGCCAAAAAUUGAACCAUCUGGUGUAGUUUCACGCAUCCAUUCCUAUGAUUUGACGAUGUCACGGAAACACCCAUCUCCCGCUAACUUGAUAAAUGAAGAUAAUUACGUCAAUGAAGCAUCCAAUCCGAAAAGAAAUGUCCUUUAUAACGAGACCAUGAUAAAAGAGAGCCAAUCAAAAUUAAUAGCCGACCGAAAAAUAUUCAAUGAAGAUCAGCUAAGCUCAGAGACAAGCAACGAUAGUGCAGAGCCACUGCAAAUUUCACCAUCAGUACUACUUCAAACAAGUUAUACGACUUUUACGUACUUUACAACCAUCUACAAAGGAAGUACCUCCAGUGACAUAAUUAGUCGGUUGGAAACUGUCACUAAUGUCGCAACCGAGACCGUGAAACCUACCGCAUCGGUUCAGCCUCUCGGGCCAGAUGAUAUUGAUGAACCAGUAACAUAUUUCACUACGUUCACCUACUGGACCACGCUGUACAAAGAUGGAGAGACUAUGAUACAAAGCAGGGAAGAAACUGUCUCUAAUGUUGUUUCUCCUACAACCUCCAUCAGUAUCACUCCAACCAAAACAGAGGCCAUAGAACAGACCGUAGAACCCACUACAUUCUUCACCACGUACACCUAUUUUACGACUUCGUACAUUGGUAAUGAUACGGUUGUGAACAGCCGAUUGGAGACUAUCACAAAUGUUAUCACUCCGACCAAAACUGAUGCUCCCUCCGGUAAUAUUGUCCCCACUCAAAGCGGGGAGGACAAUCUGGAAAGCGCAGCCCCAGCCCUUCAACCCACUGGUUUAAUCUCAACGAUAGUUUCAAGUGUCGUAAACGACGAUGCAACCACCAUAUAUUCAACUGAUGUUUUUGGCUCUUAUAUAGAUGGAUUAUACGCGCAACUUCUCGAAAGUACAUCAAAAAUUAUACCAAAAGAUAGCAUAGAGGCGACAGCUCCAGGGAAAAAUAUAAAACCAACUGGAGUCGUCUCGAUCAAUGAGGGAAAAAUUGUUGAUGCCGAUGGUAUAAGCACCACUUUCUUUACAACGAAAGCUAUUGGUACGUAUAUAGACAGUUUGUACGCACAAGUGAUCGAGAGUUCAUCGUCAAUACAAGUUGAUGAGGAAAGGAAACAACUGUUACCAUCUGAGGACCCGUCAACUUAUGUCAUAGGUUCAAAAGUACUGAAGACUGGGCUUGUGAGACUUAUCGAAGGAUCUUUGAUUAAGGAUCAUACGACCACUUUUUACGAAUCAAGAGUCAUUGGCACAGUCAUUGAUGAUAAAUAUGCCCAGAUUAUUGAGAGCACUACCAGUUUAAAGAUAGAUGCAACACCCUCAGCCUCGAUCGGUGUAUCCCCAUCAACAGUUGGAAAUGACAUUAUCACUGCUACACGAACACCAGGCCUUCAACUGUCUCCUUCGGCAGUGCUGGAAAGUUCAAUGGGUGAUGGAAAAGAUGAAGAUGCAAGUGACGAGGAAAAUGAGGAUGAAGGCCGAUUGUCCUCUAAAAGGAAGACAUUUACUCCUGUUAUAAGACCGUUUUCCUCCCGUGCAAGGCCUACCUUUUUACCCAAGAAGAAAACUUCAGAGACCGUAAGCGCAGCCACCAUCACGCGCGGAAUCACACCCACUAUCACAGCUACGCCAGCUGCUAAAACAAACGCAGGCGGUGUGACACGGAAUCGGUUCUCUAGCAACAGAAGUAAAGGUACAUCAGUGAACGCUCCUGCUUCUGAGGCAAAAGAAAUUAAACCGACUGCAUCGGGCACCAGACGAUUUAGUAGACCUAGCAAAACGAGCACACCACCUCUCAUAACAACUAGUGCUCGAAGUAGGCCAAGUAGUUCGUCCGUGAAAGCUGUAUCAGCUAGCAUUUCUCCCAGCAACUCAAGACGCGGGAGUUUCAAUUACCAACGAACAAGUAAUGCUCCUGGGGAGCAACCAGCUGUGCGAAACUCAAUUGUACCCAAUGGAUCGAGAUUCAGAAUAACACCAACAGGAUCCGGUUUUCGACCUUCCUCUACUGCAACAACUACCGAAGCAGUCGAUGAAAAUGAAGUAGCAGCAGCGGAAGAUUCUAAUGAGUCUGACCCGGAAGAGGCAGCAACUCCGUCAACUACCACAGAAUCUUCCAGAAGAGGGAAUCCUUUGCUCAAGUUCAGACGGCCACAAAUAACGACAAGAGCCCCUCCAUCCACAGUUACAGCAGCAACAACAUCGAGACCCACUACCAGAAAAUCAACGAAUUCGAGGGGCCAGAGUGCCGGUAGACAACCGACAGCUACAACAAUCCGCACGACCACUCAAAGUAAUAUCAGAAAUAGAAUCCCCUCAAGAAAUCCUGCAAACUCUUUGUUCCCAAACAGAGGCUUGUUGAAGAAACCUGAAGUUGAAGAGGAACCCAAAAAAGAAGACUACUCAGAUGAAGGAAAAGAAGAAAUUGAAGAAGAAGUCGAGGAACAAGCAGGAGAAGAUGCACAACAACCCGAGGAACCUAUAACAGAAGCACCAAGACGUGGUGGAAAGUCUUUUACAGCACCAGUACAAAUAAGACCAUUCAAUUUCAAUCGCCGCCAACAAAGGACCAAAAGACAAGUAAGUGAAUUCGGGUACAGAAAAUCCUCUAGGAGCUCAAGAUAUCAAGCCCCAGCCCGGAUCUCUUCACCUGAUUACUAUUAUUAUGACGAUGUAUAUGAGGUAUCCGAGCCACCACCACCUCCACCGCCCCCUAGGAGCAGUCAACGAACUUUCCCAUCCCGUUCAAGGAGUCAGAGCCAGUAUCAACAACAGCAAAUUCAACAGCAAGUGCAGCAACAGCAGUAUCAGCAAGAGGUGGUACAGCCAAACUAUCGGCAAGAGAAAUUUUUACAGCAGCAAGGAUUCAGUCAAAAAGUUUAUCCGGCCACAGCUUCAGCGCAACAAGGUAGGUCAUUAUUCACAUUGCGAGAAAAAUCUGCACCACCACCACCACCACCACCAACGACAGCAAGGUCAACCUCAAGAUCAAGAGGAUCACCUCGACGAAGGCCAUCCGUUGAAACUACCCCGGCACCGCCUAAACGACCGUCUCCACCGAAAUUAAAAACAUCGCUUAGGAGUCAAGCCCGACAAGAUACGACGGAGAGAACUCGGAGCAGGAGUGGUUUCACAUCCAACCGACGGACACCAAGUCGAUCUAGAUUCCGUGACCCCGAAAUUGACACUUACUCUCUUUUGACAGCAAACUCUGAUGGAACUAUUACUGUGACACAUCGUGUCCCAACUGAAGUGACCAUUCCAAUUUUCAACGGAAAAUUCACGGAAUACAAAAACGUGAUAACUGCAAAACCGAGCAUCGAAGUUUUAAGUCCUCGGCAAUACAGCACUGCUUUAGAUAAGAACGGCAAUUCUUACUUGCAGCUGGUAUCAGAAGUUACAGAGGCGUUACCGAACGGUGCCACCGAAGUUACCAAAUUCGUCAUUUACGAAACUCCCACCACUAGCGUUGCCUUCACACCUACGACCAUUCGCGGGAGGAAAACUUCUUUCUCUCACAUAGUCCCGAGUACUGUUUACGAAGUAAAACCAGAAGUGUCUACAAUUCAACCGAAAGUUCAAAAUGCCCCGUUAGCAAAUUUGUUACUUUCGCAGCUUCUUUUGGGUAAUUUGGGUCUGCAGCCAACUUUGAAUCCACUUUUAGGCCUGAACAAUCAAAUGCCAGCAACUCCCGUCACAGAGUUUAAAACGAAGACCUCUUCUUACGUAACGACUGUGACAAGUCAUAUCUCAACAGUCCUCCCGAUCACAUUCCGAGGGAAGGAAAUUAUGACGACAAUCGUUGAUAGCUCCACGUCAGUGAUUACUGCAACCGAAUUUGUCACAGAAACUGUAGUCAUUACACCGACUCCAACAGUGAACCUAGCGAAUCAACAGCAGCUAAAUACUUUAUUGCUUCCUGCUCUUCUCCAAGCACAACUUUUGGGUCAAACCCAAGCUCCCACGCAGAAUCCUUUGAUAGGCAAUUUGCAGAACGUUUUGUCACCUGAACAACUGCUUGCUCUUCAAAAUAUCGAUCUCACAACAGAGAAGCAGCAAGAGUAUCAAGAUAUAGAACAGGAAGUUGAUGGAGAUGAUGACGACCAAGAGCUUACCAAAUCUAGCUCUGGACGUAGCAGGCAAAAACCUGAGAAUGAAUCAAAAGAAGAAGUAAAAGUAUCAAAGAAAAAAGCUAGCACAAAACUGAGUGACAAAAAACAACCAGAACCGGUUCAAGUCGAUGCAAAUCCCGUAGAAUCUAGUGUGGUUACUUUGUAUGUCUCUGGAAAACGUCCAGGAGAGUUUAGCACCGUCCUAUCGACUAUUGGGACUAAUGAGGACAAUUCGGAAGCAGCUAAACGAAAAAGAGAAGUAUGGGCUGUAGAAUUUGCCGAUAGUGGGGAAACUAAAGUUAAACCCUCAAAGUUACCAGAUAUCUCUAGCUCCUUCCCGGGUGACGACGAGGAGUCAUCCUACCUUGAUAUCGAAAACUAUCUGAUGGCAGCGUUAACUGAUUCCGAUGUUCAAAGCAGCAUGGUGGAAACAGAAAGUCUUGAGAGCAUUAUUGGCGAUGUAAGCCAAGCAAAAGUAUCCGAGACACCAUCAGUAAAUCAAUCUGUGGUCAAAUCAUCGAUUGAUAAGUCCUCAAUAGACAUCGCAUCCGUGGUCGAAGAUGCAAAGUCAAACAAUGCAGUUUCGAAUCAUUUUUUAUCCAAACGCCCCGUUGAACUAGCUCCUGUUCAGCGGAAAGGCAACUCUUCACCGAGGAGCACCUUCGACGAGGAAAUCGCGCCUGACUACGAGCCAAGUCCUUUUUUAGGCCGUAGAAAACUCUUGAGCUUUGAAGAUCCGUUUUUGACGGAUUACGCAGAGGAUAUACCGGAUGGAGAACUCUUCAUACCAGUUCAAAGAGCAGCUCAAGAGUUUCAAGUCACAGACGUCGAAGAAACUAAAAAUCUCUACCCUCAAAACCAGAGGCCAGAAUCGUCCUCAGAAGGCAACAUAUAUAUUGACAAACCAACCACGUGGAAACCUAAAGAUACUUUGAAGUAUAGAAAGUCAAACAGACAGGAAAGUGGAAGAGCGUUUAAAACCAACAAAAAUGCUCCACCCGGUCCCCAGACUAUUGAUGAGGCAGACAUUAAACCAACGACUAGACGUCCAAACAAAGAACUCUCACGUCUACUUCAGCAGUUAAGAGGAACCUCCAGAAAAACCAAACCGGAUGUCGAACCCGAGUUGAGGGUACAAGAAAGCUCAGAGGCAACGAUUUCACAGGAAACAACUUCCAAAAAUUCCUCUAAUCCUUCACCCUCUCCUGAUUCAAAUCCUCGGUCAUUGUCACAAACCUCUUUAGUAGAUUGGCUCCUUGAGCCACCUAUACCAGCCCCUGUUUUCACCACAACAGAAUAUUCAUUAUCUACGAGACUAAGAACUUUUACUUACGUGGUUACCCGCUUGAGUGGUAACGAAAUGGUGGUAACUUCAUCUACCGAGGUCAAGCCGGAUGUUAAAACCCUAACCAUUGUAAAAACUCUUCCUCAGAUCCAAGCAACAGCUGUGUUCGAAGAGGGGCGGAAGUUCAACUUGGCGACCAAAGUCAUGAGCAACGGCGUGGAGGUGAUCGUAGCGGGCGACAAAAGCACACUGCCCGGCGGCCCGGAAAUCCUGAGGGUCCUCCCUCCGACCCCUACGAGACCCAUCACUCUAGCCCCUAGCACGCUCACCGACCACAUGAUGAUGCUCUUACCUCAGGGAUCUCAGAAUCAAUUGGAGAAUCAGUUCAUAACAAAAACCUACCUGACUACGUUCACGUACCUGACAACUUUCCUCAAGGAUGGUGCAACAGUCGUAUCGAGCAACGAGAAGGUGAUUUCAAACGUCGCAACAGAAGAACUGAACAAGAUAACUCCAACCCCAUCCCUGAAAACGACACCUAUCACCCUCUCAGCUAGUCCAAGUCUUGCUACCGGAGUGUUCCACACUACCUACACAUACUUCAACACUCUGGUUGAUGGGGACGUACCCUUGGUUGUGACAUCCAAGAAGACGGUGGCAAAUACAGUCACUGCUCCCCAAGACUACAUGAAUUUGCUGCAACCAUCAGAGCCAGCAAUCCAAACCACCAAUACUUAUUUAAAUACAGUAUCAUUCACCAAGACUCUCUCGGACAGUGGCGAUUUCAAAAUUGUGAGCACAGCUGACGUUUUGACCCAAGUUGUUGUGACAAAAACUGACAACAAACCAUCAGUCAUCGACAUUAAGCCAACUGCUCUCACAACUGAUGUGACAAAAACAUAUUUUGUUACCUACACUUACUACAGCACCUUCCUGGAGGGUACAAACACUGUUGUCAAGUCUAACUUUGCUGUUUCCUCUGACAUUGUCACUGAAAAGUUUUUCCUUAAGCGGACUGCAAACCCUCAGCCAACCUCUGCCUCCUCAAUUGAAGAGGUCAAACCAACGGAGGUUGCUAUGCUUCAAACAGAAGCUGACAAGUCGAUCAAUGUCUUUGCCACGAAAACUUACCUGACAACUUAUACGUAUUUCACAACGUUGGUUCAGAGUAAAGGUGAAAACAAACAGCCCAGUACAAUUGUCAACUCUCGUACGAAAGUAGUGGAAAACGUAGUGACAGAGUCACUCGCAACAUCUUUGUUGGAUGUUGACUACCUGUCGUCUUUGAAGAAUUCCCUGAAAAGUGAUGUGCCGAUUAUUGCAACUGCCACAUUGAAUGAUGGUCAGAAAAUGGAAAUAACUGCUAUCAACCAUGUCCGGGCACCAUUCCAAACAUCUUUCAACUUGGCUGCCCCCAGUUUUGAGCAGACAUCGCCCGCAAACGCUGCCCCAACUGAGCCAAUCAAAAAUCAUAAGAACAACACGAAAACAAAUCACAAGAAAACAAAUGCAACGGCCAUCAAUGAUAUCAAGAGUCAAAAUGCUUCAAAAACCAACGCCACGGAAACAGUCAAGAAACCGUAUGAAACAUCCAUUCUCGCAUCUUCCACAGUCAUGAAAAAUGGCGUGACCUUGGGUCCUGGUGCACAAAUUAUCAAGCUGACCUCCGAAGAUGGGAAUGUGACCAUCAUUCCGGUCUCAGACCCAGUUAGUAAGCAUCCAGAUGGAUCCGCAUUGAACAAGGUACCAAACUUGCAGAGCGGAAGCACAGGUGUAAAUGAACUGUUUAAUUUAGGAUCAGUAGGAGUAAAUGGCUUGGCAGCCCUUGCACCUGUCUUAAAUGUAAUGGCAGGCUUGAUUAAAAGUAACACCAAGAAAAAGAAUGAAACUUUUACGACCAACAAAUCAACCAUUAAACCAUUUACAAAGCUGCCUCCAGUGAGCACUGCUACAAAUCCAUUACUAACACAUACCAAAUCUCCAAACCGGUCACCAAUUUAUAUACCAGUCGGUGGUCUGGCAGAUUCAGAGCCAGGAGACUCUGUCGCAGAAGAAAGCCAGAGAGUGGAAAGGCCAGAAGAGUACAUCGAUGUAAAUGAAAGAGCAGGCGCUCAAUCGGUUAGCAGGCCAACAAUCGAAAGCCCUCUCCUAACAGGUGGAAUACCGAUCAGCCCAGGUCAAGUAAUCACGGCGAACAGUGAUGUUAUCAUAGGCAGACCAGCGGUGCAUGGGCCUCGCCCACCAGAAGGUGACAAACCGAUUCGGAAAGAUGAUGUUCCAAUCGGUAUGCUACCACCUCCAAUCCCAAGCUACACCCGUGACAAAGGCAUAGUUCAAAAAGUGGCAGCGCCACCUGGUCACAGGCACCCAACACAUCAUGACCUGAGGCACAAGUUACCGCCUAAACAUCAUCACCACCAUCACCAUGACUCAGUGAAAGAUUUCAGCCACCAUAAACCACACCCCAUCAACCCUAGCCGCAAGGAUAACGAUCUGAAGCAUUAUAUCAAACCAUCAGUCGACCACUACCCUGACCACCCGCGGCCAGAGGUUAACUCAAUCCCGUUGUAUGGCGAAAUUCAGCCAACCAAAGUUGUUACAGCUCACAUCGAAACUGUAUCAUUUGGCAAGUACCCGUCUGACUUGAACAACAACAUUGAGCCCCACCGCCAUAACUCAAUUCUUGGUGUUGAGCAUCCAACAUUCGUAGAACCAUCUUCUGUCGAUCCACUAUUGGUAAAUAUAAAACCACUCCAGGUUGCAAAUGUGGUCAUACCGCAUGGCAGUCAGACAGCGUUGAUUUACAGCGACCAGGCUGUUGGAAACGGUCACGGACCGAAAGGCGAGAUCUUCAAUGACCCAGCUCCUUACCCAGAGCCUGUCGUGAACCCUGGUUUUGUCGGGUUAAAAGUCUUAGGACCAAAACCAUCUGCUCCGCUAAAAAUACCGCACACGCAACUGCCAGCCACUCCAGUUUUAAACAUACCGUUAUCAUCUCAAGGAAUCCACAUUGGGUCUGGAACAACUUCUGAAUCUCAUCACAUUAUUCUGAUCGAUUCCAAUGGACAGCCAAUCAAUAACAUUGAUAUUGGAACUCCGUCAAUAGAAAUAUCCUCAGUUGGUGUUGGCAAUCAUCACUUGCCAACACCUGAUACCCCUCCAAGGGAGCGAACACCGAUGCCAAAUUCUUUCAGACGACCGGAGGUGGAUUUAAAUCGGAUAAACAAUCACUAUCAAACCUCUCCCUCUACCCCAUCGCAUCAAAACCACAUCCAAAAUAACUACAUUCGACCUGAUGCAGCUGAUGAUAAUGACUCAUAUGAAUCUGAAGAAGGUGAAAUUAUUCAAGAAUCCAAAACCAGACCAUUGAAGCCUGGACAAGUUCCUCAAGAGCUUGUUUCACAAUCUACUAGUAUGCCAAUAAAUCCUCCAGGGGAAGACGGCUCGUUUGAAAACAAAGAGGACAGACCAAGCCGCAAUGCCACCUUCCACCACGGUAGACCCAAUUAUGACAUUUUCUCAGAUGACUAUAGAGUCAAAACAUCUGUCGUAAAUGGCAAGCCACAGAACUUCCCAAAACUAACUGGCGAUUCACAAACUGUGUCGAUCGGUCAACAGACUCAUCUAAAACCUGACGGGACUCCCAUCAAUCCUAACCAACCGUAUCAGUUUAAUGGAGAAAAAGAGCAUCGAAUCGAACCGACACCUCACUCAUUUUCACAGAAGAACCAAUCAUUGUCCAGUUUUCCAUUUGGCGCUAAGAUCCCAAUGCAUGAAUUUGACGAAACUGUACCAACGAUGAACAUCGAUGAAAAAAUUCCGCCACCACCUCCACCGCCAAGAAAACCAGCUCCUACAGUUGAAACCAGGCCUCAUUCAAGUAGUGCUGAAACUAGAGACCCAGAAAAUUCUCGUGACGAUCAAAUUGUCGGUUUAUCGCCUCCUCCAAGCCCAAGCUCAACUCUACGUUAUCCAUCAGUCAACCACGCCAACAAGCGCAGACCACCAAGCAGGGUUAAACCCCGGCCACCAUCUGCACCAUACAAGUUUGAAAUUCCACAUGCCACUCGACCAAAACCCGUCAGUGAAAUACUGAAACCAACACGCAACGAUCAACCCCCAAAAGCUGUCGAAGACUUCUUGUCGAAAGUCAAGACAACCACGCACAAAACCACGGAUGAAAAGCCAGAAACAAUCAGCCCUGUUUUAGGAGGAUCCUUGACUGUAGAAGAGUCUUCUCAAAAACCGGAAGUAAUAACCGCUAACAGUAAGGUUGUCAUGAGCCAUGACAACAGUAUCCACAAACCUGGCACAGUCCAGGUUUCGGGAGCCUCACCGACACUCCAAACCGUGGUCAUCGGCAAACCCAUUCCAGAAGACUUGAUUGCCCCAACGGCAGUCAAGAAACCGGAAAUUACUCCACAAUGGAGCAAUGGCAUCAUUGUUGGCUCUGAAACUGUCUUCGAGGAUGACAUCCAUCAAGUAACACCCUCGAUCGAAACAAAACGAAAAGAACAACCGUUCAACCCACCUGCAGAAAACAUCCAAACCAAGCCACCAGUCACUAGCAUCAAAAUCAAACCAACAAAAUCUGUAGUGAGCCAGCAUAACGUAAUCAGCUUGGUUCUCAACCGGGAUGAGUCCGCAAACAAAUCAUUUGACGGGCCCUACCAAAUCCGUCAAAACUACCGACCAAAGCUGCCUGGUAUCAAAACAGGCAAUAAAAUUCAGACCCCAUCUGAUGAUGUACUCUUUGAGGAAAUCGACCAUCAAGUUGGAAUUAUUUCAGCUGGUUCAGACUCAUUCGGGAUGCCAACGCGCUUUAUCACUCACACGCAAACACUAUCUGUUACGAUCACUGAAACGACGGUCGUUCAAUCUGAAGGUCAGCAACCGUCAACACACACAUUGGUCUUAACAAAGACGAAAACAUCCACCUUAGUCGACACUGUAACUGAGCUCCAUACCAUCGUAAAGCCAACUCGGAUUCUGUCAACAGUGACCACAACAAUUCCAGUCCCGAUAAUUCAAAGUACAGUGGAGUACACACACCCGACGACUUCAACAACCCCUCAAGCCCCCGAACCGAAACCAGUUCCAUCGGUAGAAAAUGAAUCAAUAUUCAUUGUAAUGUCAGACAAGAAAGGAAUGAAUCAGGUGCCCAUGCCAUCUGAGAGACCCGACAUUCAGAUGCCGGAUGAGACCAAUGAGAUCUCUCCGAAUGAUGUGCUGCUCAGUGGAAUUUUGACUCAUUCUUCGGAUAACGAGUGUCGGCCAGAGUGCAAGGCUGCACGCAAUGAGCUGUGCCAAAAAAUUGAUAAUGUGAUGCGCUGUGUGUGCCGACCUGGAUUUGCAAGAAUAUUUAUGGAUAGACCAUGCAAGCCAACAUACACCUUCAUAAUGAAACUAGCACUGGAUCGGUUCGGUAAAGAGAGGAUCCGAUACUCGGAAUCGCUUGAAGACCCAACAGCGCCUUCUUACCACCGACUGCACGAAGCAACCAAAGAUGGUUUGGACCGCAUGGUAAUGCAAUCUACGUUGAGGGAUGUUUAUCAUGGAAUCAUGAUCAAUAAAUUUGAGCCAAUCAGGAAAUCGGAUUCUGCUGUUGUCGACUUUUUAGUUCAGCUGUCAGAAAAUACAGAUGAAACAAACUUGAGAGAUUCCAUUCGCAAGUCAUUAAGAACAACCAAUUACAGCCUUGGUGGAACGGAAGUUUAUGCGUCAAAAGAAAUGAUUCAACUCCUGCAAGCUCAAGAUUUUGACGAAUGUAUUGACGCUAAGUACCAUGAUUGCUCCGACCACUCAGAAUGUUUCAAUUUGAAGGGUACAUACACCUGCAGCUGCAAAGAUGGCUUCACAGACAUGUCGCACAACACACAGUUCCCUGGAAGAGUUUGCUCUGCUGAGCUAAUUGGUUGUGACGCCUGUAGUCACCAUGGAACCUGUUACACACGAGAUGAAGGGGAGGUAAUGUGCGAAUGCUUCCACUGGUAUGCUGGUGACCGCUGUCAGAUAAACCUCAAAGUUACGCUCCUGAUUCUGGUAGCAGUGGGAGCUUUAUUAUGUGUCUUGCUGAUAAUAUGCCUGGUUAUGAUGUGUCGGCCGCACAGUCAGGUCAGAAUACCGCCAGGUGCGGGCGUUGGUUUCAGGAGGUACCGCAAUAUUCGAGGCAUCAACCUAGCGCCAGACAAAAGAGCCAUAGUCAGUAUGGACACAAGUAGCGAAGAAAGUAUUGAAAAUACUCCUCCACCGUACAUCAGACAGACGGGAAUGAACAAUAGUCAGCAACGGCAGAAAAUGUUGCGACGUGCUGCUAAGUCAAGUUCACUUGGAAGCCAUAUGUCACAUGGCUCGACUCUGAGGAGCAACGUGGUGGAACAGCGGGACCGGUCGCUGACAGUAAUGAUCCCGCGUGCCAAGUAUAGGCCAGCCCCAGCGCAGCCAGGCUCUACGCUCCUGACGCUCUCCACGUUUGGACCGGAGCAAAAGUUGCUAAAUUACCUCUCGCCAGACGGCCACCAUACACCUGUCGAUAAACAGGCAUCUAGAAAUAGCAGUAGGAAGCCGAGUGCUUCAACACACCAGUCAGUUGAAUCUUCACAUCAUAAAACAAAGCCACCAGCACCUCGGAGGCCUUCAACAGGGGCAUUGGUGUCAGCUGGCUACGAAGUUUCUGCCACAGUUGGCAGGACGAGAGAGCUGGAUGAAGCAUUCAUGGGUGACCAUCAUGACCUCGGUCCGCAGGGCUUCAAUACAAUGAGAACUGCAGAAAGCGGCCUAAGUUUGGUCAUCCCUUCGACUCCGACUUUGAUUACUCAGUUAGAGGACCCCAUCAUAAAGUGUGUUGACAGACUGACUGUCUCAGAGGCACGAUCGUACGAUGAAACGACGAUCCAUCCACCAACCAAAAGACUUCAUGCGCACAGUUGCCAUUACGACUCAAAACACUCAUCUUCGCAUAAAACAAUGAAUGAUGAGGGCCAUACAAUGGUUGAACGAGAUUUAGGUUCAACAUUCCUGAUGCCACAAACACAUCUUUACAAGCCUGAUCACCGGGGGAGUGAUGCAUCCAAUUUUGACUCUCUUUGACACGAACCAAAAACAAAGUGGAUCAGAAAGUAUUACUGAUUUUGACUUAAAGUUGCAACUUUGCUCAAAAGUUACAAGCCAGGAGAAUCCACUUGUCCGGAAAUCAAGCCCUUGGAGAGACUCUUGUAACGGCAUUUAGUUUUUAAGAUGAAUAACCAGUCAUAAUGUAGUGUUAGCUCUUAUCUAGCUCAAUAGUAUUAAAGUAAUUAACUUAUUUUCAGCGCAUCCAAAUUGUGCCAAGAACCGCUCUAUCUAAAUCGUUUCACAAGAUCCAUUUUCAUUUUCCAGGCGCAUUUCGAUAGCGCUGAUUCGUAGCUUCUUGGUGCAAUUAGGAGGCAGCUUGUUUAUACCUCGACGAUUUAUUUAAAGUGACUUUCAUUUUCAAGAAUUCCAGGAGCCUGUCUCGAGGCAAUACUGUUUGUGAUUUUCAUGGGUUCUCGCCAAGUAAAACCCAUUUUUACUCUUUUGCCUGGGAAAUGGAUUAGUCAGUCAUCGACAUCAGUUUUUGACUGAACAUUGAAACUUGAAUCGAGAGUAGGAAAUUCGUUUGAUUCGAUGAUAUGUCCUUAGUUUGUGAUGUACUACACUUUAUGAACAAAUCAACCAUGUUCAAGCUGCCAGUAUUUUUGUAAAUGUUGAUCUUCAAAUCUUUCCAUCCACGUUACAUCGGCCAAAACCUCCAUUAAGACUUACCUGCCAGUUCACUGAAAAUCACUGCCUACUUUCAAAAUUUUAAAAAUGUUGGCCAAUUGUGGGUGUGAGCGGAAACGUCACUCAGUCGAGUGGUGGAAAGUUUCCUGUUAGAACGUUUUGUUUUUUGUGGUUAUACUUUCUUGCUAAAUCAAAUUUAGAUUGAUUUGAAGUUUAAUGAAUUGAAUAGUCUAUCUAAGUGUUGUUUUUUUCUUAUUUUAAAUUUUAUGUCUUACAAGUUGAUUUAUUUUUUUUAUUUAUUUUUUUUUUUUUUUGGAUUGCUCUAUUGUAUUGUUGAGGAUCGGAGCGAUUCGUUUGUUUUUACUUAUUUGUUCAGUUUUUUUUUCUUUCGGGAACUAUUUUUUGUUUUUGUUCUGAGCUUGAGGCGAAUCCAAAGACCUAGCCUACUUGGGAAAUAAAAUUCUUGCAGUUCUACUUUUGGACUACAUUUUGCAAUGAGACACUACAAUUUCUGGCUUAUUCUAGAAACAUCUUAUGCGUCUUCAAUAACCCUGUAAUCAUCAGUGUUUUUGUGGAUAAGCUCCCAAUUGCAAAAUGUAGUCCUUUUGUUCUUGAUGCCUUUUUGAAGAAAAAAUUGACGAACAAAUUUUCAUGGGGAAAAUGUAUCAGUAAAGCAUAUUCAUGUUACUUUUUUGUUUUUUUCUGUCAUGCAUUUACCUGUGAACAUAAGUUCUUGUACCUGAUCAGAAUUGUACAGUUGGUCUUAGUCCAAUUAUUUUCCAUCUUUCCUUAUUCACUGUUCUCAUUCUGUGUCCAUCAAAUCAGUGUUAUACUUCGAUCAUUUUCAGGGAGUAUGAAUAUAUUGUGAUGAAAGCUAUUUUUCCAUGCCCAAUUCUGAACAAAUUCUCUUUGAGUAAUAUGGCUGUUUUACUUAUUUACUGACUGACUAACUUACUCACUGACUCAUCUACUCAAUGUUCAAGGCUGCAAUUUUUCUUUUUGUAUACUGUAAGUUAAGCAAUUUUAUAUUACAUUUUGUCAUUCUUAUCUUGCCAAAAAACUCCUUUUCCAUGUUCGGCAUGAACAAAAGAGGCUUUGAUAGCCUCUUACGUCAAGCUUGGAACAGUCUAAUGUAUUUACUGUAUGUUACCGCAAAAAUCUUAAACAGAGUAGUUUAUUAUUUGCUUUUCUAUAUGUAACUAAUACUUCAGGUCCAAAAAUUGUUUGAGGCCUUGGUAUGACUCAUUAAGUUUCUGCGAUUUCAUAAAAUAACAAGGCACAACGAGGAAAGUGCUGGUAUACUCCGGAAGCAGUUUACGUACAAAAUAUAGCAGAAUCCAUCCCUGCUGUCUUUGCCAAAUGACGAGAAAAAUUUGAAAACAAAAGCUCUGGUGUGUUUUGGUGCAAGACCAAAGUAGAGUCAGAACUAUAAUUAGGGAGUAUAUUAUCUCCAAUUGCAGUAAACUGUUUUCAUAAUAAGUCAGCGCUUUAAUGUGAGUCAUUCUUCGGAAAGCAAUUGGUUUUUAUGUGAUCUCAAAACCUCACUGUAUCCCAAACAUCUUGAGCUUAUGAUUAUCAUCAGCUAGUCUCAAAUUGGGUUAUAUUUAGCAAUACGAAACUACCAUUUUUGGCUUAUCCUUAUAAGAACGUUACUGAGAAGAAAAACUAGUGGCAUUUGUGUGAUUUCUAAAAUGAGUCAAAAACAGUGGUUCCUUAUUACAAAAUGUAGUCCAUUUGUGAAAAUGACUUUCAAGGACGCUUGCAGAUAAUAGUUACAUAUACAAAGCAAAUCUAGGCAACAGUGUUGCCAUUUUGUGCCGUGAAAUGACCAGAAUUUUUUUCUACAAAUAUUCGGUUUCUAGGCAUAAUCUGGCAACACUCAUAGGAAAUAGAAUAAUGUAAUAGAACCACUGAGCAUUGUGCGUCUGUUCUUCAAUUAAUUAUAAAUUUGUAAAUAUUAGUUUAAUUUAGGUAAGGUUUUGUGUAAGUAGUCUAAUUGUUCAAAUUGAUAGGGUUCUAAUUGAAGCGUUUAAACUAAAGGGUCAGAAUUUUUGUUCCAUCCUACUUUUCUAAGUGAGAGGAAAUCGAAGGCAUUUUAUUGUCAAUUAAGAUCUUCUGACAGCUGUGGCCGCCAUAUUCUUGCGCAGCCUUACUCCAGGUUUUCUCUUUAAGACUAAUCAGAUGUUGCUAAAUUCAGCUAAUCAAAAAUUCUCAAAAAAUGGUGUAAAUGCUGAAAUUGCUUAAUUGAGGAGCUCGCUGAAAGAAAUUUUUGAAGUGGUAAGUGUAUUCCUAAAGUAAGAUUGCAAUUGAAAUUUAUUUUCAUUCCUCUGGAGUUCAUGCCAAAAAAGUGAGCUGACUUUGGGUGAAAAUGUUUCACAUCAUGCAGGAUGGGUUCAUGGGUGACCAUUGCGCAAAAUUUUAAUGCAUAAUAAAAAUAGCAAAAAUUCUAUUCCACUUUAUAAUUCAGCCAGUUGACUUGGCUCGAACUCUACUUAGAUUUAUGUCUUUGCGGUUAGAACAAUCCCUUCACUGUCAAAGUGCUUCUUCCACGGGCCUCUCUUUGGGAAAAAAGUAUCUCUGCUGUGUUUUAUUUUUGUGCGAUGUAACGUUAAGGAAAAAAGCUUCAAAUUUUUUUUCUGUAACAGUCUCUGGAAGGUUAUUUAAUAAUAAUUCCAACCACCAGUUAAACUAAGGCAAUUGAAUUCUCGUCAGCUUAGUCUCAGAAACUUAUGGGGGUUUAAUUCAUAUAAUUCUUAAGUGAAUGUUUCUUCCAUUCUGACCCUUUUUGAAAUUUUAAAUUCAGUGUUGCCAUGUAAAUUUUGAUUUCCCCCAAGGAAUGGCAAUUGCAACGAAACAAUGUGGAAAUCGAGUCAUCUUGAAAUGUUGUUAACAGAAUCUCUACGAUUCUGUAAAUUGAGUCAUAAGUCGGCAACCGAUUUUGUAAAUUUUAAAAUUGCCAUGUAUUUAUUUUGUUAAGACUUUGUAAAUUUUGUCAUUUAUUUCUGUAGCAAAUUUCAAGCCCACGAAUUCUGAUAAUUCCUCCUGACAAUCCUCCAGGAAACUCUGCUUUUGACUAUUUAAAGAAAGUGAAACAAUCAAGCAAACUUUAAAAUUUAUUAGGGUUGAUGAACUGAGUUUGACCUGCUUUAGAAGUAAAUCUUUGAGAUUCCUUCACAUAAGUGGUGAACAUCAGUAGAGGUUCCCUAAAUUUUUUCAUUCAGUUCCUAGUUCCCUCAAAAUAAUGACAUUGAUCAUAUCAGGGACCUGUGCAACAGGAGCGACCAAAUGGAGGAAACGCCUCCAGAUUGCGCUAGUUUUCAAACUUCAUGUUUGAAUAAAGUCUGUAUGUAAUUAUAAUAAUGUGAAGCACCUCAUCUAGGUGGUAAAAUUACACAACAGAAGAGUAUGAUAUUGAAAAUCAAGUCAAUUUUACAUUCCAAUUGCUCUCUCAAAAUUUUCCCUGCUUCUCUAAAAACUUUUGCCAAGUCAUUUUGGAAUCUGUCUUUCAAUAUCUAAGGUCAGUCUAUCCAAUACUGAAGUGUUUCUUGUUCCAAACAUUUUCUUCCACUGCAUUUCAACAGUGAAACUGCAGGAACGGGUACCUCAUUAAUGGUGUUUCAAAAUUCCUGCUCCCAUUUUAUUUCAUCAAAUUAGAUCAAACCAACGCUAUUGCUUGAAAUUUUCACCAAAAGUUCUUUACUUAGAUAAGAAAAAUCGGGGAAGUUUUCCAAAAAUACCGUUUAUUAUUUGUUCAUUUGAAAAAUUUAGUAUGACAGGAAGUCUAAAAACUGAGUUGCACUUGAUUUUAGUUUCACUAUCGAUUUCACGAACAGAGUUUUCUGGCAAGGGUCCUAUAUAAUGAUUAAAAAUUUAACUCGGAUCUUUUCUAUUUUUGACACUCAUUCUGUUAUCUUUAUAACAUUCAAGAAGAGUUAUUGUACCUUGUAACCACAGUGCACCACGUCGCAAUUGUGAUAGCAGGGAAUAUAUCUCUGAAUUCCACUGGAAAUUAGAACACUUAUUAGCAUUUUAUCGAGGAUGCGAUAAAACAUUAGAAUACUUUUUUUAGCUGCAUUCCUUUUUUUGAUCAAGGGAAAUAAAUCAUUUGAAGAUCGUGCCAAAAUUUUGUGGAUAUUCAACUAGUGUCAUUAUUUUGUAAUUAUCCUGGAAUAUUCAUAUUUUUGUACAGAGAUUAUUUUAACUAAUAAAUUUAUUGUAUUUCUUCA